AUGGCAGGCAUGGCGCGCACGUACAACAACAUCAAGAGCUUCAAGAAGGCGCUCGACGCGGCGACUUUCGACACGAGGGAGGAGUUUCUCGCUGUUGUCAAGUACGCCAACAUCGAGGACAUGUCGCCGUAUCCGAAGGACCCCACGACGCCGCUGAUGGUCUUUGCCCAGCACUUCGGCGUGGUUCCCGAUGAGUACUGCUGCCAGGAGUGCGGCUCUGAGUUCACCAUGAAGGUCAAGUCUGAGACGUCUGACCGCGCGGCGCGCUGGCAGCGGCGGGGCCCUCGGCACGACCGCGCCAGCUGCUGCGACGCAUGCGGCGACGUUGAGAUCUCAAUGACGAAGGGCACCCUGUUGGCAGACGUCAAGGCGUCAAACUGGCUCCCAUUCUUCGACUGCAUGGUCAUGUGGGCCCAGGAGUACCCGCACUUGAAGAUCGUCCACGAGCUCGGCAAGCAGCACAACGUCGCGGGCCCCUGGAUGGAGAAGUUCCAGGAUGUCGCCGCGUCUUACAUCGCCGACAAGAUCUCCCUCCCGAAGCUGCACGAGGCCUUCAAGAAACUGGCCAAGGCCAGUGGCAAGAAGAGCGUGAAAAAGACUAUCUCCAAGAAGAAGCAGGCCAAAUUCAUAGUGCAGGCUGACGAGGUCUUCCUGAACAAAUCCAAGGUCAAGAAGCAGCGCGGCUUCACGACGAACCACUUCGAGAACCGUUGGUCGGUCCUCAAGAGGUGGCUCAAGAAGCGCCUUGGCGGUCGCCUGCCGACUACCUCGGAUCGGCGGAAGUGGGCCCGCUGGGUGACGGAGUUCCAGUACAGGAAGAACGUCACAAAGACGCACUCGGUCGAUGACGGCAACACCUACUCCCUGCCGACGAAGGCGUUCCUCUCCCACGUGGCGGAGACCGAGAUCGUGACCGUGAUCCCGACCGCAAGUACAGUCCCGAACGGCGGGACCGUGACGACCGAGGAGAGGGACGUGACUACCUGGUACACAGGGAGGUACGAGACUUUCGUGAUUUUCGUGAUGUCCGUGAUCUCCGUGACUAUCGUGAUAGACGGGACUACCACAGCCGAGAUGGCCCUGACUACCGCGAUCGCUAUGAGGAUCGCCACCGGAGCUCAGGAACUGGCAGCAGUGGGUCCCGAGUUCAAGGCGACCCUCAAGGACAAGCAGGACAGGAUUGAGGAGAUGAAGCUGCGCAAGCAGAGCAAGUACGUAGCUCAGGCGAUGAAGUCCAGCUUCGGGGACAAACUCUCGAAGCUGCUGGAGUCUGCGGACACCGAUGGCAAGGCAAAACUCAAAGAGAAGGAAUGUGAUCGUGAGGCGAGUCCGACUCCUGUGGCUCAAGCACCUGACAGUACGGCGCUCAUGAAACGUCCUGAGUUGGGAUGGUUACAGUCUUUGGUUGGUGCCAAGAAGCAGUUACCGAACCGUCUCACCUGGGCACAGGCAGCUCAGGUCCUGGAGGAGAGGAUGUCGGACAAGAUGGUGGUAGCCCAGGUCAACAAGUGGAUCCAGGCCCACUUCCCGAAGCGGGCGGUGCCCGUUGCGAAGGCCCGCAGGAUCAACCUCACCCUCGGAAUCAUCAAUGGGAGUGCGCUCUGA